AUGCUCGACGACAACAGUGCUUCCCCUGCGUCGCCUGGCCUUUGGGCGCUCGCGCCCAACACCCCAGCCCCUCGGUCCUCGGCCCCACCACCGUCCCCAUAUUACUGCACCACUCCAAUCUUCUAUGUCAACGCAGCCCCGCACAUAGGUCACCUACACUCCGGCGUCCUUGCCGACGUCCUCACCCGCUGGCACCAAUUGCGGUACAAUGGCUGGUCGCGCGACUCUCCUGCACCGCUAGGUAGGGGCAAGACUCGCGCCAUUCUCGCAACAGGAACCGACGAGCAUGGUCUCAAGAUCCAGCGGGCAGCUCAAUUGGCGGGCAAAGACCCGAAGGGAUUCUGUGAUGAUGUCAGUCAACACUUUCGCCGUCUUGCGGAUGAGGCUGGCUUAGGGUAUCAUACCUUUAUUAGGACGACUGAGCCAAGACACAGGGACGCGGUGCAUGCAAUGUGGCGGGCGCUAGAGGAUGGGGGACACAUUUACAAGGGCAAGCAUGAGGGGUGGUAUAGCGUCAGCGAUGAGGCCUUCUAUCCGUUGGCGCAGACCAGGAGGUGUAGGGACGAUAAGAGUGGGGAGGAGUGGGUUGAAGCGAUCGAGACUGGGCAGAGAGUCGAGUGGACCUCGGAGGAGAACUACAAGUUCAGGAUGUCGGCCUUUCGUCAACCACUCAUCGACUGGCUAGAGGCCAAUCCAUCAGCCAUUCUCCCCUCGACACGGCACGUCGAAGUCCUUGAGGAGGUACGUUCAGGCCUUGAUGACCUCUCCAUCUCACGUCCCUCCUCCCGUCUCGAUUGGGGCCUGCGCGUGCCCGGGGACGACACGCAAACAAUCUACGUCUGGGUCGAUGCCCUUGUCAACUACCUUACCGUCACGGGUUAUCCUUGGACCACGGCCGCCGCCAGCGGAGAAGACUCAGCAGCUGCUCUCUUGCACCGCGCGUGGCCCGCCUCUCACCAUAUAGUAGGCAAAGACAUCCUGCGCUUUCACGCAAUCUACUGGCCUUCCCUCCUACUAGCGGCCAACCUCCCACUCCCGCGACAGAUAGUAGCUCACUCACACUGGACGAUGGAGAAGGCCAAAAUGAGCAAGUCAAGGGGAAAUGUCGUCGACCCUUUCCAUGAGAUGCAGACAAAGGGAGUCGAUGUGGUGCGUUGCUACCUCUGUAGGAUGGGUGGCGGAUUGGCAACGGAUAGCGAUUGGAGCGAAGGGACGUUGUUGGAGUUCGAGCGAAAGUACCUGCAGGGCCAGCUGGGUAAUCUGGCUAGUCGCAUCAGAGGAAAGAAGAUUCUGGCUAGGCUACCGCAGGCUGAUGAACAAGCAGGAGGAAAGACUGCCACUGUAUCGCGCCCGGGCCCUUCAGCAAGCUCCUACUCAGCAAAGCUCGACUCUCUCCUCUGCUCGACGCCGGACGACUUUUCGCUUCGCCUCGAACGAUGCGAAGUCGGACAGGCGGUGGAAGUAGUCCUCAAUCUGCUGGGUGCGUGCAACUCCCUCGUCCAGUCGGCUGAACCUUGGUCACCUGCAACGGCGCAAGAGGUCGUGGAAGCUGCGGUCUACUACACGUACGAGACGUUGCGCCUCACAGCUAGCUUGUUGGGGCCUGUGAUGCCGGUGAAGAUGAGGGAGUUGAAGCAGAGCAUGGGCCUGCAGCUCGGCGAAGAGAAAGAUGACGCGUGGGAGGAGGUCAUCAGAGUGAGGGACGAGGUGAAGGUGCCUUUGAGCGGGAAGAUGAAGCCCCUGUUCCCUAGGAGGGACGACUGA